UCAAAUUAAAAACCCUGGAAAGUGAGGUGUAGAAGAAUGACGGGACUUAAUCAGGACCCCUUGUGCACAGACGUGACCUCUGACCCCCGGAAUAAAAAGUUUGCAGAUUCUUUGAAAUGUGGGCAUACUCAGCUCAGCUGACAUCAAACCAGACAUUCAGACUUUUUCCACAUUUCGUUUCUUUCUCUUCUGACCACCAUGCCUCUUUAAAGCUGUGUGAACAUGACGCUCCUGCAGCAUUAGGUUAAACAAUGCCGAUUGCAACAGCUGGAUUGAUGAGCCGCAGUAGCUUGGAAACCAUUGGGAAUGACAUUAAAUCUGACAGAAGUGGGCCACGCAGAGAGAGGAUGAUGAUGAUGCUGAUGUGGAUUACGCUCUCCAGCUCACUGUGCCUGAUGGUUGAGGGCCAGAUGAAGAUCCCACCAGAAACUGUGCAGCAGUGGGCCGUGUCCUUCGGCAAAGAGCUAAAUGCUUUGUCCAGCAAAUACUCUGGAGCAAAACUUUUACAGAAGAAAUACAAGGAUGUGGAGGGCAUGGUGAAGAUGGAGGAGGUGAACGGUGAAGAGCUGGUAAAGAAGUUUGCAGAGGAAAUGGAGGAGAUGCUUGGGAGGAAAAUGAAAUCAGUUAAGAGAUUAGCAGAAGCAGCAGAGGAUGCUGAUCUUGGCCACGAGUACAAUGAAACACUAGAGUUUGACUACUUUAACUCCCUGCUGAUCAACACUGUGGAUGAAGAAGGAAAUCCGAUACCGCUUGGAGGAGAAUUUCUCUUGGAGGAAAAUGAACAUUUCAAUAAACUUUCAGUCAACACACAGCAGAGUAAUAUACAAGUCCCAACAAAUGUUUACAAUAGAGAUCCUGACAUUCUUAAUGGGGUCUACAUGUCUGAGGCACUAAACGAUGUUUUCAUUGAUAACUUUCAAAAGGAUCCAACUCUCACCUGGCAGUACUUUGGCAGUGCCACUGGGUUUUUCAGGCUUUAUCCAGGAAUCCAGUGGAUUCCAGAUGAAAAUGGUGUGGUGACCUUUGACUGCCGAAACAGAAACUGGUACAUACAGGCAGCCACUUCUCCUAAAGACGUGAUCAUUGUGGUGGAUGUCAGUGGCAGCAUGAAGGGUCUGAGACUGACGAUAGCCAAGCACACAAUUAAUACAAUCCUAGAUACUCUGGGAGAAAAUGACUUUGUUAACAUCAUUGCUUACAGUGACUAUGUUCGCUAUGUGGAACCUUGUUUCAAGGGCAUUCUGGUACAAGCUGAUCUGGAUAAUAGAGAGCACUUCAAGUUUUUGGUGGAUGAGCUACAAGUCAAAGGGGAGGGCAAGGUUAAGAAUGCAAUGAAGGAGUCUUUCAAGGUCCUUAACGAGGCUGCUGCACAGGGGCAGGGCAGUCUAUGCAACCAGGCCAUCAUGCUGAUAACAGACGGAGCAAUGGAGGAUUUCAAGGAUGUUUUUGAGGAGUUUAACUGGCCAGAGAGACGGGUUCGAGUGUUCACUUAUCUAAUUGGCCGGGAGAUGACAUUUGCUGAAAAUGUUAAAUGGAUUGCCUGCAACAACAAGGGUUAUUACACACACGUGUCCACACUAGCUGAUGUUCAGGAAAAUGUUAUGGAAUACCUCCAUGUUCUCAGCCGACCAAUGGUUAUCAACCAUGACCAUGAUAUCAUCUGGACAGAGGCCUACAUGGACAGUGUGCUUCCCAAUAAAGAUGAGCUGUUCAACACUCAGGCACAGAGUUUGCUCCUGAUGACAUCAGUGGCCAUGCCUGUUUUCAGCAUGAAGGAAGAGACCCUGUCUCAUGGGAUUUUGCUGGGUGUGGUAGGAACAGAUGUGGCUUUGAGAGAAUUGAUGAAAUUAGCUCCAAGAUACAAGCUCGGUAUCCAUGGUUACGCCUUCCUCAUCACCAAUAAUGGCUACAUCCUGUCUCAUCCAGAACUGCGACCUCUGUAUAAAGAGGGAAAGAAGCUGAAGCCUAAACCAAACUAUAACAGUGUUGAUCUAUCAGAGGUGGAAUGGGAAGAUACUGAAGUGAAGCUAAGGACAGCCAUGGUCAAAGGAGAAACUGGAACACUGUCUUUAGAUGUGAGGUCUUCAGUGGAUAAAGGACGGAGAGUGAUCUUCUUAAAGAAUGAUUACUUUUACACCGUCAUAAAUGAGACGCCAUUCAGUCUUGGAAUAGUCUUGAGUCGAGGUUAUGGAGAGUAUAUCUUUACAGGAAAUGUCUCUGUAGAGGAAGGUCUUCAUGAUCUAAUGACUCCAGAUCUGACCCUAGCCAAUGAGUGGACCUAUUGUGAGAUAGAUAUUGACCCAGCGCACCGUAAACUGACUCAGCUGCAAGCUGUGAUUAAAUACCUGACUGGGAAGGAGAAAGAUCUGCGCUGUGAUGAGCAAUUAUUGCAACAGACUCUUUUUGAUGCUGUGGUUACAGCACCUAUGGAGGCAUACUGGACCGCUCUCAUGCUAAACACAUCUGGAGUGGAAGACGGUAUUGAGACCGCUUUCUUGGGGACUCGCUCAGGCUUGCAGAGGUUCCUGAAGUAUAGUGGUAUUGAAAAAAGAGUUGGAAAGUCUUUCCUGACCUCCACAGAUAAGGAGAAUAUGUUCACAUUGGACCAUUUCCCAGUGUGGUACCGCAGAGCAGCAGAGUACCCAGCAGGACAGUUUUUGUACUACAUGCCCAGACAGGAUACAAGAGAUUUAUUCAGGGACUAUGAGGCUGACUAUAGCACCACCUUCAGUUCAGAAGAGGUGGACGACCAUGUUGAGGAGCAGGCAGGAAGAAUUGUGAUUAGCGCCACUGCUGUGACUGUGACAGUAGGAAAGAAAACCACCAUUGCCGGAGCUAUUGGGAUUCAGAUGACUUUGGAGGUGCUUGAAUCCAAAUUUAGAGCCAUUGCUGCACAGCCAAAUGACACAGAUUGCUCCACUGUGGAAGGGGUUUGUCCUCUUCGCUGUGACAGUUUUGACAUUGAGUGCUACGUUAUUGACAAUAAUGGCUUUGUCCUAAUUUCUAAACAACGGAGUGAUGCAGGAAUGUUCUUCGGCGAGACGGACGGAUCAGUGAUGACCACACUGAUUCAAAUGGGCAUGUUUAAAAGGGUGUCCUUGUUUGACUACCAGGCCAUGUGUAAGACCAACUCUCACUCUGUCAGCAGCGCCCGUCCACUUCUCAGCUCAUUUUACGCUUUGGCUUCGACCUUCAAGUGGUUCCUCUCUAACUUCCUACUGUUUCUACUGGAGUUCAAUUUCUGCAGCUUUUGGCAUACGGAGCCUUUUGCUGAUGCAAAACCAUCCUUCAGUCGCUCUUAUGUUCCGAAGAAAAAAUGGAACCCAUUGCAGCCAUGUGACACCGAGUACCCAAGCUUUAUUCAUGAGCCGUCAGUCAAGGAGACUAACAGCAUUAUUAAAUGUGGACGGUGCCAGAAGAUGUUUGUAGUGCAACAAAUACCAGAAAGCAACCUGCUGAUGUUGGUGGUCCAAGGAGACUGUGACUGUUCCAGACAGUAUCCACCCAUCACUCUGGAGCCUAAAGAGGUCAAAUAUAUCCUUUGA